CAACCACUGUCAAUUGAUAUGGCGACUGACCAACUGGAUCAAGGUUUGGAAUACACUCAGACGGCUGACGCUCUUAAGAUAUUGCGGUGUAAAAGCAAGAACCGUGCAAGGGAUCAGGAUCGACGCGAGCUGCAGUAUCUACGAGAUCAAAUGGCAGAUCUGGAGGAAAUUAAUUAUGUGUGCGUGGCAGAAGACACGUCGUGCAGUGAUCUCAGCUGCUGGAAAUGGUAUGAGUAAUGCAAAAGGGGGAGAUAUUGAAGAAGCUACGCAGGCAGUGUGGAAGGAUAUGGCUAUUUCUCAGCUGGAGCAGAGGCUCCGAUCUGAAAGACAUAACAGACGUCUGAAAUCUGCUGUGGAAAACCAACUCAAGAUCGCCAAACGCCUGGAGAGACUACUGGAGGCUCACAUAACGACGAAUGCGAUCGAAACUUGUUUGCACGGCGGGCAGCGCUUAAAAAGAGUGCAGCAAUUGACUCCGGAUCAGUCGGAUAUGUAUAUAGGCAAGGAGUUGAUGGCGAGCAUCGAUUCGGUGUAUAGAGAUGUGGACGCUGUGUUCCACGAUAACAACCUCGAUACGCUGGAAUCGUCGUUCGACGAUUCUGAAAUAAACGAAGGAUCGGAUGGCAUUUAUAUGAACGUUAUCGCGAGUACGGUAUUCCCUUUCGACGUGGCUUCUACAGGAGCGGCUGCGUGGCAAUAUUUUUCGCGAUCUCUGGAUCACAUGCCAUUCCUGUUUCUCAAUCACUAG